CUGCUGCUGGCUCGUCCCUCACACCACGUGCCCUCGUGGCCGCUCCCCCAACUUCUCUUUCCAACUGCCUGUUGGAAGCUGCUGUAAAAUGUCGUGAAAGGCACCAGCGCUUUGCGGCUGCCUCUCCCCGAGCGAGAGCUCCGGAGCGCCCACCGCCGUCCUCGGUCUCUCUAAGAGAGUCGGCCCGGCGGAGAGCGAGACACCUGGCGUGCCGCAGCCUUCACCGCCACACUCGUUUCUGCUAGGCAAUGUGAGCUCAAGGAGGUAGCGGUGCCCCCUGGCCCGGGGUUGCGACGGGCGGCAGGUGCCUGUAAGGCGGGCUGGUGCUGGGGGCUAGCAGGAUGGAGGAAAGCAUGGAAGAGGAGGAGGGGGGCAGCUACGAAGCAAUGAUGGACGACCAGAACCACAACAACUGGGAGGCCGCCGUGGACGGCUUUCGGCAGCCCCCACCACCCCCACCGCCCACUUCGUCGAUCCCGGCCCCUGCCCGAGAGCCUCCAGGGGGGCAGUUGCUGGCGGUGCCCGCUGUCGCCGUGGACAGGAAAGGCCCUAAGGAGGGGCUCUCGAUGGGGCCGCCACCACCGCCGGAGGCCAAUGGGGUGAUCAUGAUGUUGAAGAGCUGCGACGCGGCCGCCGCCGUGGCCAAGGCGGCACCCGCCCCCACCCCCAGCUCCACCAUCAACAUCAACACCUCCACCUCCAAGUUCUUAAUGAAUGUUAUAACUAUUGAAGAUUAUAAGAGCACAUACUGGCCAAAAUUGGAUGGUGCCAUAGAUCAACUUUUAACACAGAGUCCUGGUGACUAUAUUCCUAUAUCCUAUGAACAGAUAUACAGUUGUGUGUAUAAGUGUGUAUGCCAGCAGCACUCGGAACAGAUGUAUAGUGAUCUGAUUAAAAAGAUAACUAAUCACUUAGAGAGAGUCUCAAAGGAGCUGCAGGCCAGCCCUCCCGAUCUCUAUAUUGAAAGAUUUAAUAUAGCUCUUGGACAGUAUAUGGGAGCAUUGCAGAGCAUUGUGCCUCUUUUCAUAUAUAUGAAUAAGUUUUACAUCGAAACCAAGCUUAACAGAGACUUAAAAGAUGACCUUAUAAAGCUGUUUACGGAACAUGUUGCAGAAAAGCACAUUUACAGCCUAAUGCCUUUACUUUUAGAAGCCCAGUCAACACCAUUUCAGGUCACACCUUCUACUAUGGCGAAUAUUGUGAAAGGCCUGUAUACUCUCAGACCAGAAUGGGUUCAGAUGGCUCCAACUCUGUUUUCUAAAUUUAUUCCAAACAUUCUCCCUCCUGCGGUGGAAUCUGAACUUUCUGAAUAUGCUGCUCAAGAUCAGAAACUUCAAAGAGAACUUAUACAGAAUGGUUUUACAAGAGGUGACCAGUCCCGUAAGAGAGCCGGGGAUGAGUUGGCUUAUAACAGCUCGUCAGCAUGUGCAAGUUCCAGGGGGUACAGAUAGUGAAUGUAUUGAAUGUACUUUCCUUCCGGAAAAGAGGACACACUGGAGCUGCAGAGACUGUAUUCAGAGCACAGCGGGGGCCUGCAGACACUCAGGAGCUCUGUCACAAAGCUGUUCUUAGAAGAGGAUGUUGGACUCUUACUUUGGUUUGUAAUUUUAAAAAAGAAAAACUAACAAAAAACAAAACCUAAAAACAGUUGCUGCUAGACUUGGGGGUGAUUUGAAAUGGGACAAUCUUAAUGAGCUUAUCUACAGAUUCUGUGAGGAACAUGCAUCUUGGAAAGCGAUCAUUGCUAAGUGAUAUUCGACGGCCAAAAUCAGCAGCUUCCUCCAAAAAUACAAGAGCAGAAGAAUCUUUUUUUUUUCUUCCUCUCCUUAAAGCACUUGUUUUGUUCAUUUGUGGACUCAGCACUUUGGCAUAUUGGUUUCACAUGUCAAGAUAUCUUUUGCUUUAAAACUAAGCAGAUCAUUAUAAUACAGUAUUUUUUCACCCAUAACCAAAACAACCCCUUUAAAAGAGUUGGUCUUUGUUUAGCAUUAGAAAGUCUUGUUAUUGUUAAAGGAAAAUGCUAACUCUGCUUUUGCUAGAACUUUUUGCCCCAUUAGUUCACAACUUUUUUCUACUCUGUGCCUUGAGCUUUGUGCACUUUGCAACUGUGUGACCAUGUUGUCAAACUCACAGAUGCUUCCUGGAGAAGUUAAUGGUAUCCCAGAUAACCCACCAAAAUAUCUGUGUGACUUUAUAGCAGGAUGCUAAUUGAGUGGGAAAAUGGAAGUGUGUUACCCAUUAGACGUUCCCUUGCCUCACUGAGGCAUAUUUGUGUUGAUGUUGGGGACCAACUCUCAGAGAGCGUUUAUUUCCAUUCCCUCUGUUGCUGAACGUGGUUUCCCCAGCUGCUGUAGUCUUGGCAGUACUCCAGGUUAGGGAUGGGCAGUACUUGAGCACUGAAGCUCCCUUUAAUGCUGAGAAUUAUUAAGAGCUGCUUCCUGUGAUGCUCUAGGAAGCAGAGAUAGUCAUUAAAUCCCAGUGCAAUCAACAAUCUGGGGUUCCCAAUCCAUUUCAUUUUAAAUGGGUGAGAUAAGUACUUAAGAAAAAUAAAAACAAACUACAGUCCUGCAUCUAUUAAACAUUAUAUUUUAAUGUAAUGGGAAAGAAUUAGCACUGCUGUUUUAAGGUGCCCUUCCAGCUGUGGCAGAGCUAUAUUUUGUGUUUCUCCAUGCCCACAGUGCUCUUUAGCUCUUCCUAAAAGUCUGAAGCUUUUCUAGUUUUUGAAAGAAACAGAAAAAUAGACGUGUCAAGGGAAAAAUAUUUUUCUCUCAAUUUUGCUUGAGUCUGAAUUGCUCAUAGGCUCCAUUGGGCUCCAGAUGACUAAUAAUAUUUACCUAUUCAGAGAGCUUGACAUUGGUUGGGGUAGAGUGGGAGACAUACCAGGGUCUGUUUUGUAGGUUUUUCAUAGAGCUACCUCUGACACUUCAGUUAUCCUUUUUUGAGAAUGGGGUGGAAGGGAGAGUUAGAAGUCACAUAUUGGGAGCAAGUAAGUUGUCUGAGUAGGGGUCUUAGAUUGGGAAAUUAUACAAAGACGUCAAAGGAAAACGUCAGAUUUUUUUUAAGUACUUAUCAGCCAGGGUUAAUGGACAUUGUAGAGGAUUUUAAUUGGACAUGUCUAACUCUGAGCAUCUUGGAACAUAUUGAUUACUGUAAGAACAUAUACAGGCUCUAUUUUGCUACACCAGGAACAUUCUAGUGUCAAGGAAGAUUCAUUUUAUCAUGAAGUGCAAAUUUUACUUUCCUCAAUGGGGUAUUUGCUGCAGGCUCAUAAGUAACACCUGGAACCGAAGUCUCUCCUGAAUUGUUUUAAUAUUUCUGAAAGGAAUAAAACUAGAACUUUUCUUCAAAUGUGGAUGAGUUCUUCACUAUCCUACUAUGUACCCAGCUGCUUUUUCUGGAGCAAACCUUCUUUUUUGGCAAACAACGGAAUUUUCCCUAUAAAAGCAUUGUAUUAAGAUGUGAAUUGGCAUUGACAUCUUUGGAUGCUUUUGUAUUAUUAAGCCAAUGGAGAAAUAUUUUAUAUUCUUUUUUAUGAUUGCGUACGUGUAAACAAAAUGUAGGCAGAGUUUGCAAAAUGUAGUAUCUCUAAACGUUUGCAGUGACUGCAGCCAGCUGUGAGUCGGGGCUUGGUACUCUAAGCUUGAUUAUUGGAAGGCUCUAGAGGAAGGGUAUAUACAUGUCCCCAGCGCAUGUGUCCUAGUUGUUACUCAUCAUGGCCCCUUGACAUCAUUGCAGUAUGAAAAACUUCUUUAACUGAAAAUUAACAGAAUUCUUAGUUUAGAACAUUAGAGAAAAUAAAAUCUGACCUUUCCCAUUUUGUAUUGUCUAGUACUGUUUGCCAGAAAGUAUUUUCUUGUCAAAUUUACUUGUAUAUUUCUUGCCAGUACAGUAUACAGUUUUCCAACCCAAUUUAUUACUGACUUUUUAUAUCGAAUCAUUGAAGGCCCAAAUCAUUGAAGACAGAAAAUAGUAUAUGCAGAUUGAUUGGUUGAUUAGUCAGUAUACAUAAUUGAUUUGACUAACCUUACUAGUAUAUAUGUGCAGCCUGAAAUUAGACCCUUAAAAAAACCAGAUCAGUUAUCUUGAAAUGAUGACAUGUAAAAGUAAAUAGUUGAUAACUUGUUUUGACAGGCAGUAUGUAUUGGUAUAUAUUUUAAAGUUGGCCUUAAACUUCAGUAACGGUGUCAUCUCAUGAACUCAGUUGUCACAGCUGCACCCUAACCAACAGGACUCACUGCUUUGUUUUCUGUGGGGCAGAAAGCGAAGGCUGGUGGUGUGACUCAGAGCCUCGUAGUCCAUAGGUGGUAGGUUAGUGGGUAUAAACACAGACCUGGUCCCUUUUGCGAGUUUACAGCAGUCAUCAUCCCUUUCUUGGGUUCUAGAAUGAAAGCUGAUUUGUGGGUAGAUGAUAUUGCAGAAGAACCAAUGCCUGUGGCCAUGAAUGCUACACACGUCCCCAGUGCUCAGACCUCUACCGCUGCCACUCCCCUUGCUGUAUGCCAUGCUU